AUGGCCAAGUACAGGGGCAAGCACCAAAGAAUUGUUCUGCAGGAAAGUUGGCAAAUCGCCUCUCAGAAAUCCUCCAUGUGGGACUUCCACAAGCCAGGGUCCAGCCGCGGCCAGCGGGGGGCGAAAAACCCAGGGAGCUGGUUGGCGUCCGUUCCCCUGGACCUGGUGCGCGCCGUCGCUUUUAGAACUGCCUUCCCGGCUUCCGCGCGCGCUAGUCCCACUCUCCGAUGCUCCUCCCGUGGGAAUGGAAAAAGGGGCAAGGUUGAGAGUCCCCCAGCCCUUCGAGAAAACUUACACAACGCAUCACAAGAUGAUUUUGAUUAUUUGCUCGAUCCCCCAUCUGUAUCUCUAGUUCUGUAUCAUAUUUUCAUAUUUACCAGAGCUGUAUCUUACCUGUCGUACUGUAUGUUCGGUGUUAAUGAACUUUAUAUCAUUCUAAACUCCGUAAUCUGUUUCAUGAUCCUCUCGGAGGAUCACCAGUUUCCCAACUUGCGGCAUGACCUGUUGCAAUUAGUGUCCGUUCCUUGCGUUCAUGUUGCAGCUGCAGAAGGGAACCCUCCCUGA